CUCAUUGGGACAUGCGGAUUUAUCUAGAUAGUGACGAGCAGUGAUAUAGAGACGAGUUCUUAUCCUUGAACCUCGCAGCUUCCGAUUUCUUCACCCGCUUGCUUACUUACUUACUGAGAUCACUUUAUCCGAAGCACUGAUGAUGGCCACUGAAGAAGAGAUACUUGUCACACUUUCUCCAAGAAUUGAUCGCGAAGAUCUAGGCCGCGGACAUGAUAAUCUUUAUCAGCAUACACUUUUCGAGCGUCAGUUUAUACUAUCGACCUCUAGACCAGAAAUAGUCAUUGGGCGUAUCUCGCACAAUGCUAAUAAGAACAUCCGAGCUCUUCCUGACAACGCUAACUUUGAUUUCCCAAAUGUUUCGAGACCUCAUGCCUCUCUAUCUUUCGACUUUAACCCCGAAUCUGGCUGUCAUGGUUUGAAAUUGAGAGACUGUCACUCUCUGCACGGAACAGUCGUCGAGGGAUCUCGAAUUACGCCUGCAAAAGAUAUCAUGCUGCAUAGUCACGAUAUCAUUCGAUUAGGGGCUUCUAUCGACUACCAAGGAGAUACGGUCCCCGUUCUAGAGAUAGAAGUUAUCUAUGCAGUUAUUACCUCGAACAAGAAGGAUGACUCAUCUGACGCCGGCUCAGUAUCUCGUCUACAGCCUAUCAAGCAUAUUGCAAAUGGAUUUGGCAUCGUGGAAACUUCUGAGUCCGAAAGCGAGAACGUGCUGUCUAUCACGGAGCAGCAGACUACAUGUAUGGCAGCCAGCGAUAUCGAAGAAGUUCACGGUACGACAGCGUCAGACACCUGCAGUGUCGUUGAUCUCGAAAUGACUCUCGAUGCCUGUCAGUUCCCAGAACGUGCUUCCUUCACUGAAGUCGAGCAAUCGUUGGAAGCUGAUAUAUCUGAGCAUUCGAGCCCAUCAGAAGGGACUUCUAUGCUGAAGAGAAAAUUCAGUACGUCUGGGGACUCUGAUGAACUUGUCUCUGCCGAGAUGGGAGAUUCUCUACCGAUGGCUUGCUUGGAGAAAAAGCAGAAAUACACGACUGAGGACAAAAACUGCACUAUCCGGCUGAACAAGAGAAUCUCUAUGAUCGAUACCGCCCCGCUUACUAAUAAUUCUGCCCUUGCAUGCCACGGCCUAAUGAAAGAUGCCGGUUCUGCAUCUUCCAUAUGUCACAAUGGCAAAGAAAAAAGAGUUGGCUCAUCCAGCGCAAAUGUUGGAAGCCUCAUAUUGGCAACAGCUGCUGGAAUCGUCAUAGGCAGUGUAGGUACCUUCACCGCAUUGGCGUCCUCUGCAGCUGACAAGUUUCUUGAUGAUAACUGAUUGAUCUGAAGUCGUUUUUUUGUAUCUCUGUACUGGUAUUUUCUUAUCUUCUGAUAAUCCCUUUGUCUUUUCCCUCAUAAUUGCUGGGAAUUACGGCCGUAUCGUUGCGUUUGCUAUUAUUAUAUAACUCAAAUAUCAAUUAUCACUCGUUAAUCGUGUCUCAUGAAUUACUCCUCUUCAUUUAGGGAUUAUUCAUGCUCAGUCUCCUGUCUAUUGCUUAUAAUUUUAUAUUUGAGAAACGAAGAGCUUCGAGGCCAGCUAUAUAUU